CAGAGUUAACAUGGCGCGUGCGCUCACCGUCUCGAGCUGGGCCGAAAACAACAACAACAACAUCAUCAUCAGCGCCGGGAUACAUGGCGUUUAACGCGACGCCAAACCGUCCCCGCUCCUUAUGAUCGUUCUCAGCAUGUACUGCUGAUCUACCGCACAUUUGUGAAUCUAGUGGGAAUAGGAGAUCAGAACCAAGCAAUAACUUACAGGAUACAAUAUCAGCCCAGAAACCUUCAACCCAGAGCCCUUCGGGCUUUUGUUCAGUCUCGUCCGGAGAGAAGUGGAGUGGCAUGGAGGACCCCAAAAGCCCCGUGAAGGUGUUCAAACCUUCCCGCUCGAGCGGGGGCAAGGCGUCGUCCUCCAAACCCCAGCGGGAGAGCGUGAGAGUCCCCGGCCGAUGCAAGGAUGGCGCCCCCAGGGGCAAAGAGGAGAUCCAGGGUGGCCCUCAGGAGCAGGGCAAGGGCAAAGCCCGCAGGCUGACGGGCAGAACUAACUCUGGCGAGAGGGGGAGAGGGAAGCCCCUGCCCAGUGAAGCCCGUCAGCAGACACAGAAAACGCCGGUCCGAAACACUGGACCGGUCAAGGAUGGGGGAGAAACGCUGCUGACCGGCACAGCACAGGACAGCUCAACACACAACACCACCACCACAGCUAAAGAGAAGAUACCUGGUGUGGAGAUCUCAGAUCGCAGACAGAGGGUGGAGGUCGCAGCAGAGGUCGUGGAGGUGGGUCACCUGACCUCUGACCAACAGCUGGGACUCAGACAGGCGGAGGAGAGGCUGCACAGAGACUACAUACACCGGCUGCUCAAGCCAUCUCCGGAGUACCCGAAUUUCCAGUAUCUAUGCAAACUGUGUUCAGUCCACGUGGAGAACAUCCAGGGUGCUCACAAGCACAUUAAAGAGAAACGUCACAAGAAGAACAUGCAGGAAAAGCAGGAGGAGAAUGAGUUGCGAGCGCUUCCUCUUCCCUCUCCGGCCCAGUUGAGGGCGCUAGACUCCGCCGUCCUGGAGACGGCUGAGGUGCACGGCAUCUCAGAGGAAGACUUCGUGUUGAGGCAAAGCGUGGUUCUGCGGAUGGAGGGUAUUAUACGUAAACAACUCACAGCUUGCUCUCUCCGUCUUUACGGCUCCUGUUUCACCCGCUUCGCCUUCAAGACAAGUGAUGUGAACAUCGACAUCUCUUACCCCUCCACUAUGACUCAGCCUGAUGUGCUGAUCCAGGUGCUGGAGAUCAUAAAGAACAGCGUGGCGUUUGCCGAGGUGGAGUCUGAUUUUCAUGCCAAAGUCCCUGUUGUCUUCUGCAGAGAUGUGGCGAGUGGGUUAAUGUGCAAAGUGAGCGCAGGAAAUGAUGUCGCGUGCCUCACCACCAAUCACCUUGCAGCUCUGGCCAGACUGGAGCCGAGGCUCGUGCCUCUGGUGUUGGCCUUCCGAUACUGGGCCAACCUGUGCCACAUCGACUGUCAGGCGGAGGGAGGAAUCCCAUCCUACUCGCUGUCUCUCAUGGUCAUAUUCUUCCUGCAACAGAGAGCGAAGCCCGUCCUGCCCGUCUAUCUAGGACAUUGGAUCAAGGGCUUCGAUGUGAAGCGCGUGGAUGAGUUUCAUCUGACGGGGAUUGAGUCGGGCACGUUCGUGUGUUGGGAGCACAGACCCGCUCCUGCUGGCGAGGGCCGCGCGGACGGCAAAGCCAAACCUGAACCCAAAACCCACACGGAGAAGAAAGAGAAGAAGACCGAAUACACUAGGGGCAAGGCUCGUUUGACGCUGGAGGAACCGGUGAGCGGUUCUCUGGGACAGCUGUGGCUGGAGCUCCUGCGCUUUUACACGCUGGAGUUUGCGCUGGAGGAGCACAUCAUCAGCAUUCGUCUGAGAGAGCUGCUGCCGCGAGAGCUCAAGCAUUGGCCCCGUCGUAGACUCGCCAUUGAGGAUCCGUUCGCAUUGAAGAGGAACGUGGCUCGCAGUCUGAACAGUCAGAUGGUGUUUGAGUACAUCCAGGAGCGUUUCCGCAUGGCCUACAAGUACUUCGCCUGUCCUCAGAGCAGGAACGGAGCGAACGCCAGGCUGAGGAAGAAAUCCAGACGCCACGACAGCGUGGAGAGGAGCGGCGAGGAGGACGGGGACAGCAGUGAUGAUGAGGAAGAGGAGAGCCUGAGAGCAGGGUUCACCGAGCUUCUGGUGGGGGACGGUGGGAUUGAAGCCAUUUCCCGGGAACUCCCCGCAGACAUGUCUCCUCCUGUCCUGAAUGGCCUGCUGAUGGACAGUGAUGAUGAUGAUGAGGAGGAUAAAGAUCAAGAGAUGGAGGAACAGGACAUUAUCGCUCCAGAAGACAUGCACUACAUCUUUGACAGGAUGAUUUUCACGGGAGGAAAGCCUCCAACGGUCGUGUGCAGCAUCUGUAAGCGAGACGGCCACCUUAAAGACGAUUGCCCUGAAGACUUCAAGAAGAUCGAGCUGAAGCCUCUGCCGCCCAUGAACGAGCACUUCAGGGAAAUCCUGGACGGACUCUGCAUGCUGUGUUACCGUGAGCUGUCGCCGUCUCUCGCAGAGCAGCAGAAGCGUGAGCAGAUUCUGGCCAGUCUGGAGCACUUCAUUAGAAAAGAGUACAACGAUAAGGCCCAGCUCUGUCUGUUUGGUUCUUCUAAGAACGGCUUCGGCUUUCGUGACAGUGACCUGGACAUCUGUAUGACACUGGAGGGUCAUGACACCGCUGAGAAACUGAACUGUAAGGAGAUCAUCGAGGGUUUAGCCAAGGUGCUGAAGAAACACACAGGUCUGAGAAAUAUCUUGCCUAUCACAACUGCUAAAGUGCCUAUAGUGAAGUUUGAACACAGACAGAGCGGACUGGAGGGAGACAUCAGCCUCUACAACACACUGGCCCAGCACAACACCCGGAUGCUAGCCAAAUAUGCUGCUAUAGACCCUCGUGUGCAGUAUCUGGGCUACACCAUGAAAGUGUUUGCCAAGCGCUGUGACAUUGGCGAUGCCUCGAGAGGGAGUCUCUCCUCCUAUGCUUACAUCCUCAUGGUGCUGUAUUUCCUACAACAGAGACAACCACCCGUCAUCCCUGUGUUACAAGAGAUAUUCGAUGGGAACACUGUUCCUCAGAGGAUGGUGGACGGCUGGAACGCUUUCUUCUUCAAUGACCUUGAUGAGCUGCGGCGGCGGGUCCCGGAGCUCCAUCAGAAUAAGGAGUCCGUCGGGGAGCUGUGGCUCGGCCUGCUGCGCUUCUACACGGAAGAGUUUGAUUUUAAAGAGCACGUCAUCUCCAUCCGCCAGCACAAGCGCCUCACCACCUUUGAGAAACAGUGGACGUCCAAAUGCAUCGCAAUCGAAGAUCCCUUUGACUUGAAUCACAAUCUCGGGGCUGGUGUCUCGCGCAAAAUGACCAACUUCAUCAUGAAGGCCUUCAUCAACGGCAGGAAGCUGUUCGGCACCCCGUUUUACCCUCAGCGUGGGACAGAGCCCGAUUACUUCUUUGACUCAAAGGUUCUGACAGACGGUGAAUUGGCUCCUAAUGACCGUUGCUGUCGGAUCUGUGGGAAGAUCGGUCACUAUAUGAAGGACUGCCCAAAGAGGCGCAGAAUGAAGAAAAAGGAGAACGAGCGAGAUGAGGAGAUCAGGGAGGAGGACCGAGAGCCCAGAGAGAGACGCUGUUUUCAGUGUGGCGACAUGGGUCACGUGAGGAGAGACUGUCCCGAUUACAAACACCUCCGUCAGAGAGGAGCGCCCGGACCAGUCCCUCACAUGGUGCGGGCCCUGGCGAGCUCUCAGUCCAUCCCCAUUCCUCAAGCUGCUUCAGUCCAGGAGCGAGUCGGGAGGAACAGGCAGCCCUCUGAAUGUUCUGAUGCGCGCCAGACUCCUCCAUACUCUCCUCAGCCGUCUCCAUACAGCCAGGGGUCGGUCUCUCCCCAGAACAGCAAGCCUUCCUCCUCCUCCUCCUCUGGGCUGUCCAAACCCUCUCAACCCCAGCAGCAGCUUCCCCAGGUCCAGCUUCCCAUCUUCAACUUCCCACACUCCCACCCGGGCCAGUACCACCCUGGGCUCUCUGCACUGGGCCUUCUGCCCGCUCACCCCCAGCAGGCUCACUCGCCCCUGUCCUCGGGCUCCUGGCCCAUCCACGGCCCUCUCAUCCAGGGCUCCGGGGCGCCCACGGCCUCCGGCCACCCGUCCUCUCCGGGCCUGAAGUUUGCCGUCCGAGGAGGCGGCGGAAACGGGCAGCCGGUGAAUCCCGCACCCUUGAACCUGAACGACCCCAGCAUAAUCUUCGCUCAGCCGUCGGCGGGACGGGUGGCUGGUGGCGUGGGCGGCCCGGGCAGAGAAAGGGGGCACCCCUGGCACAAUCACCAUCUCAAUCCGGGGCCACUGGUGGGAAAUGGCACUGUAAACAAGACAGAUCCUAAUUUCCCAUCUCAGUUUGGGGGUGUGAGUCCGGGCUCUCGAUCCUGGGACCAUGGCGGUGCUGGUCCGUAUUCCCUGUCUCCAUCCUUCAUGCCCUACCGUCUGCCGCCCUACAUGCAGCAGCCCAACAAACCCUUCAUCUCACAAGGUUCAGUGGUGGCAAAUCAACAUUACCCGCUUAUUCAACACGGCCGGCAAGGCAAUCUCAACUACAUUCAGCAGAAGAAAUGAAGAAAUGACACUUUACUUUGUAAACCAAUGCCCAAGGUCCUUAUAGAAAAAAGACUAUCUUUGCAUCAUUUGGAAACUUUUUAAAAUGGAUUUUAUCAUUUUUGUACAGUUUUUAUGUUUUAAUUUACUUUUAUUUCUGUGUGUUUCAUCACAUUGAUUUGUGAUAUAAAAUGUCAAAUAUUUUAAUACCCCUAUUUUUGGAGGGGUCCAAAAAAGUGUUUUUAUUUUAUGUGUAAAAUAAGGAUUUAAAAUGUAUUCACUUUAUUUUUAUUAGCCGUAUUCCUAUUUUGCUUGCAUAAGGACAAAGGCUUUAGAUAGGAAAAUCAAACAUAACAACCCAAUAAGACAAUUAUGUAGUGCCAAAAUCGUCCCUAUUAGCAAACCAAGAAAACAAACAAAAAAGCAGAAAAAAAAAGAGAAAAGACCAAAAAAAAUAAAGAAAAAGCAAAACAACA